AUGGAAGAUUCCGAACUUCAAGCAAUUCGUCAGGCUAGAUUACGUGAGUUGCAGGCAUCAGCUGCAACGGGCGAGGGCUCAAAUCAAAUGGAAGAGACGAGGCAAACAUUGUUGGCACAAAUUCUUGACAAUGAGGCUCGCGAAAGACUUUCAAGAAUUUCUAUGGUAAAAGCUGAUAAGGCUCGCGCUGUCGAAGAUCUCUUGAUUCGCAUGGGACAAACGGGGCAACUACGUGGAAAAGUUAGUGAAUCACAAUUAAUCGAUCUCUUAGAGCAAAUCAAUCAGCAACAAAAGCCAGAGACGAAAAUCAGGUAUUCUCGAAGACGAUACGAAGAAGAUUCUGAUGAAGAAUAUAACCUAUGA